GGUAGAAACAUUGCUUUGAAGCAAAAAACCUUUCAGACAUCUGUGGUCGAUGUAUUUAAUUCCACAACAGCUGUUGACGGUAACAAAGGCGAGAAAUGGUUGGACUUUUCUUGCAUAGAAACAAAUGGCAGCGAGACAACCCCUAAAUGGACUAUUGAAUUUCCAUUGAAUAAGUAUGCUGUUUAUCGAUACAAACUCUACAACAGAAUUGGUAAACUGUUAUAAACUUUUAAAAAUGUAUUAUAAUUGGUUCUGUUUAGCUGUGAACAUAUUAUUAUUUAGGUUUCAAUAACAUUUAUUAUUAAAAUUAUAAAACAAUAACAAUUUAAUUUAUACAUUCGGUAGCACUCCUAUUUAUCCAAUCCUUAAAACAGCUUUUAAAAAGCAAAUUUUCUCCUGGAUAUGUGUCAAGGCUCCACCAAUAUUUAUUCUCAACUAUAUUAAAAUUUAUUUAAUCUCAUUUGUUCCAACCUUAAGGAAUUUUUUACUGAAAAUGUACAUCUUAGUUCUAUCAUUUUUUGCUAAAAUUUCGUGCAGUAGUUUAUAUGAAUGAAUAAAGUUUAUAGUAUAUAUAUAAUAUAUAUAUAUAUAUAUANUAAAUAUAUAUAUAUAUAUAUAUAUAUAUAUAUAUAUAUAUAUAAGAAUGAGCUAGACUGACGUAACUCCAAAGAGCAGAAAAGAUUUAAGUACGUUCGGAUUCCCAAAAAAACAAUCAUAGUUAUUUUCUAUUAUUUUACAGAAAUCGACUGAGCGGCGACUUAAUUGCUUGUUCAAUAUACAUUCCAUUCCCGGAGAAAUAAAUGAUUUCUAAAGCCAUUUUUAUCAAAUUGUCACUAUCUUCAUAAUGAAAAAAAUACUGGGUUCUCGAAUGAUCUCGAAGUUAAAGAAUUAUUUUUUAAGAUAAAUUAGCCAAAGUUUAAUGCAUUUCUCAAUUCCCUAGAAAACAUAUAAUUACAUUAAGAUCAAUCUAGGGAGUGGUAUUUUCUGAUAUUUUUUAAACAUAAAAAUGUAGCCUAUAAUAAUUUGAGUGAUAAGGGUACGACAGUCUUGCAUCAUCUCAAUUGUAUGAUUAUUACGUGUUUAUUUUUAAUGAACUUAAAGUUUAAAAAAAACAGUCAUUUAAUUUAAAAAAUUUAAAUGGUUUGAAGAAUCAUAAUAAAUUUUAUUAUCCUCUUUUUAAAUAAAUGCGUAUUUAUAAAAACGUAAUAUACAACAAAACAUGAUAAAUUUUGAAUUUAUAGAUGACUCAAAUUGCUGCCAAGAUCGAUUAUCUGGAUUCACCAUGGAGGUCUUUGACAACUCUAAAGCAAAAGUUUAUAAUUUUAGCAAUCAACCUCCAACUAAGGCUGAUUUUUAUACAAUUCAACCUGAUAGCGAAUGGGUCAUUUCAAGCGUCGAAAUAUCAGUAACCCGACCUAAUAGAAGUAAGACAGUUCUAAAUCUUUGUGAGGUAGAGAUCUUUGGGGGUAAGUAUAUUUUUGGAAAUAAUUUUUGGGUUACAGUUUAAAAUAUUUUUAAGCCUAAAUUCGUUAUAUAUUUGCAAGUUUUUGAGCACAAAAAUUAUUUCGAGUUUUCUGAAAAUUUUCGGAAUGGUCCCAAUGCAAAGAAUCUAACGACGUUUCUUAAAGGUGAACCCAAAAAGUCGAAAAAAGUCAGAAUAAGAGUUGUCUGUUCCUAGAGAUGAGCAAUAUAAUCUAUAAACGUCCUUUGAUUGAGAAAAAGGACUUAAAGGACCUAAUAUUCCAGGAAGCCGAUGGUAACAUUCUAACAAUAGCGCUGCUCGUUUAAGUGAUUAUCAAGAUGACUCUCACUUAUUCGUUAAAUGCAUGGUAAAAGGCCUAGAAAAAAUUUCUAUUAAAUUCAGUGGGUUUUUAAGGCUUAGCACCACUCGAGUGAGUGGGUGCACUUUUGGUGCAUUUCUACGCCCGCUUCCCCCGCAGAAAAAUAUGUACAACAAUAACGCGAAAAUGUAAUUUUGAAAAAACGUAAUCGUCAUUUCAAUAAAAUUUUAAAAAUAAAAUAAAUGUGUUGUAAAUUGAAACUGUAGACCAUUCAAAAUUAAAAUCAGUGAAACUGGAACAAUUUAAAUACACUUGAAUAGAAGUCGAAUACAUACUUCCCAUUGUCCACAUAAACCAGUAUUAUAUAUAUUAUUUCCACCUCUAGUUUAAAGACAGUAUGGUAAAAGUGGUGCCAAUGCCGUGAAAGAUAAGCUGUUAAACUGCCUUUUCAUUGAUAAAAAGGCUUAAAAUGAUAAUAUCUUGCAUUAGUCCUCUUGAGUAUUGGGUCUUGUGCAAAAGAAUGGUUUUCAAGCUAUUUGUUUAUUAAAUCCGCACAAUUCUAAAUUAAUUAUCAACUUGCCCUUCAUGUUUAACAGCAAUUUUGGGAAUUAAGUAGUGAUGAUACGUGGGAAUUUAAUUUAACAUAAGUUAAAUCAAUGUCCUUUUAAUUUAAUUUAUAGAAGUAUAGUCUUUGAUACCCAUUAAUACCCCUGCACGUCAUCUAAAAUUUUCCAAAACGAUUGUAUUACUCUUGUUUUUAUAUAAAAUUAUAAGACGUCUCGCAUGGACGAAAAAUAGUGAGCUUCAAGUUGUUUCAUCAGAUAUCGAAUUUAAUAUUUUGAAAAUCCAUGUUCAACAAAAGUUGCCCAACAGCUUCAAAAAUUGUGAAAGAUUUUACGAUUGGUGAGCCUCGAAAAUCUGUGGAGGGCCUAGGUGGCCCGCCAUAUUGUAUGGAGGGUCCAAGUGUGCGCCAUAUCGAGUGGAGGGCCCAGGUGUGCCGCUAUAUUGUGUGAGGGCACAGGUGUGCCGCUAUAUUGUGUGAGGGCACAGGUGUCCCGUGAGAUGAAAAGGGUUGCGCAGCACUUUUUUAAAUUAACAAUGGAGAAGGACAGCUUGACAAUUUUAUAUUGUCUUGAGUGACAUUUUGCCUUUCUUAAUGUCAACAGAAACAGUAAAAACAAAUUGAUAAUUUCUGUAAUACAAACAAUUCCAAACAAUGGAAUUCUGACUCUUAUUUAUGUAUGAGUGUAUAAACGUGUGAGUUUUUAUCGUUUAUCAUUUAUUUAUAAAUCGAAGGAUACACUUUUCAGUCAUUUCCCUAAGCGCAGAUUUUCUUUCCCGAGGUCUUGAUGUAAUUCCUCUCUACAGCAGUCCAAAUAUAUUUUGUAAGGCCCCCUUGUGAAAUUGAUUUUUUUUUUACAUAUUUGACAUGCAAAAUGAGUUAAUGGGCUAUUUAGCUUCUGAACAUUUUAAGUUAGUAAACUAUUUGUCAGUCUAAGUAAGAAAUCUAAAACAACUCAAACAUAAUGUCAAAAUAGCAAAGGCGCCGCCUUCGGAGGUUGAAAAAAAUUAUAACAGCUUAUUCUUUAUUUUAUUUUAUUUAUUAGUAGUGUGUUCUGAUUUAUUAUUUAUAUAGUGGUGAAUUUUACUUUUCAUUCGCCACAACUCUGGCUACUUUGAAAAAAAAGUUUACCCACUUUGGUUUUAUAAAGAUUAUUCAAUAAUGAUACUUUUCACAACAUUCAGACGUCAUGUAACCUAACACUCAACACAAUGUUCUCAUGUCAUGAGCAAAGCUAGUCUUGCACUCUGCUCGCAGGAAACACGUUCAUUUGUUUGCACCAAUAAAACAUUUUAUCGAACGUUCAUGACAUAGCGCAAAAUCAUACUUUUUUUUUUAAUCUCAUAUAAGGAAAAACACAAACAUGGAUCUCCGGAAUGAGAAAAUUUCUAAAGCCCAAAACUCGUUUUUUCAACCCUACACGAUCUUAGGAACACCUCUAUCUAAAACUAUUUCACAUUAACGUCACAAGUACCGACAUUUUACCACUUAUGACACACUACAUCCAAUUACUACGAUCCGGAUACCGACCUAAAUCUAGGUAUGCCCCUAUUUUACUAUCGAAAUUUUUUUAUAAAAUGGUCUUUAAAAGCAUACUCUCCUUUUUAAAAAAAAAUUAUUUACAGAUUCUCAUUGCUCGAAAGACCAACAAACAGACCUUUAUAAAUAUGGCCGUGAUUGCGACCAUCUCUGUGAAUGUGCAAAACCAGGAGAAAAGUGUUUUGUUAGUACAGGAAACUGUCCAUCUGGAUGCAAGGCUGGAUUUUAUGGCGAAGGAUGCAACAUUAGUAAGAUGCAAUAUGUUUUGGCCAAUUUUUUUUAUUCUAUAUGAUUAAAUGUGUAGCCUUGGUUAUAAUUUUUUUUCAACCGAAAAACUAUUGUAUACUCCACAGCUUGUAAGCCAACGUUCUAUGGAGUUGACUGUUUGGACAGAUGCAACGACAGCUGUAAAGAUCAACUUUGUGAUUCAGUUAAUGGUCAUUGCAUUCACUGUGCAGCACCGGGCAAGCGGCCACCUUUAUGUGUGGAGGGUAAAUAAUGACUUGCAAAUUAAUUCUAAAAUAUUAAAACAGCUCACGUAGUAAAAUGAAUCUCGAUACUCAUUCACAACUUUCAGCUACGACCAAUAAAAAAUUUAACCUUGAAAAAAUCCAGCUUAAGGAGUGAUUUUCGCAAUGAUCUAAUCUAGUUUUCCCCCUUGUAAAAACUGACCCCUUAAAUCGUUUUCUUUAAUUUCGUGUGUAGGUUCUCUUUAAUCACAGUCGGCAUUUAAGUUUCUGAAACAGAUUUUCCGGAACAAUUCGAUCCCACUUCUAGUUCUAGUGGGCUUGAAAAUCUGUACAACUCGAGACAGCUAAUUUAGCGAAAAAAUAAAGUUUCUUUUUUAUACAACUUUCAUUUUUAUUAUAUUAAGAAAAUAUUUCUAAUAAAUCGGCUAUUUUAUUUGUGAUUUCUUUGAGUUUAGCACCAAGAGAUACUUUUUGUCUUCAAAAAUGUCCACAAUACUGUCAAGAAGCUUGUAAAAGUUCAUUAUUUUUUUGCAUAUUAAUGGACACAAAUUUCAGUAUGAUGCAGACAAGGAUAAAAUAAUCUUCGUACUCAAACUUAGUCAAUAAUUGAGAACUUAUGUUUGAAUUUAUUCAAAGCAAUAAUGACGAUUUUUAAUUGGAUAAUCUCUGAGUUUUGUUUAUUAACCAAAUUAUGUUUGCGAUGAAAGACGCAGGUUGCCUGAGCUGAGCAAAUGACAAUAAUUAUAAAAUAAAUGGAAAUAACUCAUUCUCAGAAAAGGUGUUGGGGGAAGAGUUACAUUAUAGAAUGAUUGGUAUGACGUAUAGAACUUUAAUUCUCAGUAAAAAGCAACGCACCAUUGUUGUAACCUGUCAAUGCUGGGGAUUUAUCUGUUGCAAUAGUAUAUUACAAGGUGGCAUUUCCUUGUUGUUGAAUAACUCAAUUUCUGCUCAACAAUAAAAAAAAAUAGUGUCUGCACCAUCUCGAAUCACUUUCUAGCUAUCUUGCAAAAAGCAAUUUUUAAUUCAAACUUCCUUGAAACAAAGCUUUAUUAUCUGUUUGGUUUAGCAUGUCCAAUUAUUAUCCAAAUUCUGUCAACACCUUGUCUGCUUCACAAACAUCGUCCUUAUUCUUUUUUUGUGUCAAUGAAAUCAGAACCUCAUUAAUUGUUGGUAAGAUGAGUUCUUCCCCGAUUAUUUGCUAAAUUUACAAAAUGACAGGUUAUAUCAUAAUAUAAUACACACAUUCUACGCAGUGGCGACGCCAUCAAAUUUAACAUGGCGGGUUCUUUGCAGAUCUUAAAAAAAUUUGGCGGGUCCCAAAUAAAUGUAUUAAAAAUAAAAUUUAUUUAUUAAGUAAUAUUUAUUAAUCUACUAACUUAACCCAAAGUUUACAUACAUUGUCAAUUGUCAUAAUAAAUUUAUUUGAAUGUAUCAUAUUUGUAAGGUCAAUCACGUUUAUCUAGAGAAUCCACACUCGUGACACUCCACACUAUUGACCCAUUGACUCCAGAUUCACUGACACAGGACAGGCCAAUUUCAUUUCAAAAUAAUUCUGCAUUUAGGAUAUAUCUCCACGAAUUUUUCCACCAUACGUUCCAAAUCCAGUUUCUUGGCCAUCUGUGCAUGUAUCGAUAUUACAGCAAUAUUUGACAAGCGCUCGUCAGUCAUGGUUGUGCGAAGAUGUGUUUUUAUGAAAGCUAUUUGACUGAAUGAUCUUUCUGCUUCUGCAGAUGACACCGGUAUCGUGCAUCCAAUUUGCAGUAGUCGUUUACUUUCGUAGAAUAUAUACAAUAUUAGUAACUAAUAAAAAUUUACCAGGUCAUUUGCCAGGUCCCAAGUUUUUUUACCAGGUCCUGGGACCCGGCGGGACCUGGUGUAGCGUCGCCACUGAUUCUACAAAUGUUUUGAUACGAAGCAUUAAAACGGAUGCUUGAAAAUAUACAUCUAGUUUGCAGAGACUAUUUAAAAAUCAAAAUUGCUAAGUGUUGAAAUUUUAAUUGUUGUUAAUGACCGCUUGUGGUUGUACUUCCGUUUGAUUAUGGGAUAAAACAACUGUUCACUCUCUCUGUUGGAUGUGAUUUUUAAGAAAUGAUUUGUCAAUUAAACAUCGACUUCUAAAAAGUGUCUCAUUUUUAUAACCUAUCUAAUUUUAAUUAAAAAUGUAUUCCAUAAAAAAAGUUUUCAGCACCCUUUUUUGAGAAAUCCAGACCCCCACAAGUCUCCAAAAUCUUUCAGCGCCCCCCCCCCUUCCGAGCCAUCCCAUCGCCCACAUUGAGAAUUACAGUUCUGGGGUAUUGUGGAUGUUACUAUCUUCCAUAAGCAAGUUAUAUAGUUAUUGUAGAGAACCAGUUUCAAUUACUAAUACUGUAAGGAAAACCUUGCUUACUCUAUGAUAAACUUCAUCUAGAUCUGGUACUCAAUAAGGAAACAACUCCUGGUGAUAACAUUUAAUGAUUAAACUCGUGUUCUUUAUUGGGCUGUCACCUUGCUUACUCUUUCUCUCAUCUCACAACUCUGACUUCUCCCUGCUAUCUAAUUCUCAGUCCGGCCGCCUUCUCCUUUCGUCCCGUCCAGAGAUCCCUAUUUAUACCUCCCUGUCCCAUAGUUCCUCUCCCAGGUCUGGACUGGCGCAUUAUACCCCGCCCCUUUUUCCCCAUCGGCGCCAGGUUACAAACAGACCAGACGUCCCAGGUAAAUGCCCUGGUCAGAUGGAUGGCCGGUACCGCCCCCAGCGCUUGAUCCUUCGGUCGUGUCUGGGUGGUCAGACGGCCGUAAUCUUUGGUCAGGCGCCCCAGCGCUUGAUCCUUCGGUCGUGUCUGGGUGGUCAGACGGCCGUAAUCCCUGGUCAGGCGCCGUCGUGGUCCGAACUCUCCACAAUACUAACCCACAAUCUGGUUCUAAUAAUUCUUGUAUAAUACCUCAACUGCUCAGCAUUAAUCCAAUCUAAUCACUCAACGGCCUAAACUAAUGUAAUAUCUCAACUGACUAGUAAUUUAUCGGCACACACUGACACACAUAAAAUAAUGAACGCGUACCUUGACAACAACGCUCUAUUAAGACGCACCUUACUUUCGAAACAUACACCAAAGCACACAAUUGACGCGCAACCAUUGCACACCAUAUUCUAGCAUAACAAUCUAAUGGAGUCUAGGGGCAAAGUAAAUUUUCGGAUAAUGCAAUAUGAUACCCUUGUCUCCUGAUACACUUUUGGCAUAUUUUUUUUUUAUCUUUACAGGUAGUUCUUAAGACUCCUUCAAUAAUUCCUUAAAAUAUACGCUGUCUCAUGAUUUACCUGCAUCAUCUUCUUCUGUCUGCUUCUACCGGGGAGGUGUCAUAGUGACUGUCAUAUCUAAUCUUUACGAAACAAUUGAAUUUGAAAUUUUAGAAGCACUUUAAUUCUAAUAAUUACAAAUGUAAGUUUACAUUGAGUCUGCAUAAUAUAAUCCCUUUACAGAUGUAUACAAAUACAGUACAACUAUCAAAUUGAAACAGAAGUUUAAUUAUUCACUCUUCUUCAAAUCAAAAAUACAAUUGUGAUUAUUUUUCAGAUUGUAAUCAAGGAUUUUAUGGAGAUGACUGCGCCAUGAAUUGUUCUAAAAACUGUGUGGAUAGCAAUUGUAAUGUAACAAAUGGGACAUGUUUUGACUGUAAACCAGGCUUUUACGGUACCUAUUGUAAUACGUCUUGUCCCUCCAAAUGUGAAAAUUCAGUUUGCGAUAGAUACUCUGGUCACUGUAAAAAGUGUUCUCCUGGCUUCUACAAUAUUAAUUGUAACACAACAUGCCCCAACAAUUGUCAUGAAAUAGGCUGUGACUUCCUAUCUGGUAACUGUACAAGCUGCAAAGAUGGAUUUCAAGGAUUCCGUUGUGAAGAAGGUAGAAGACUUUGUUCCGUGUUAGUUUCUUAGAAAUCAUUCAUAUUUUAAUACUUUAAAUUUAUUUGUUGUUCAGGUCGUAUUUAUUUUCUUAGAUUUUUUGUUCCUUUUUUUGUUUAAAGCAGGCAAAAUUAGUAAACCAGCUAAAAUAAUAUUUAUAAAAAUUUUAGAAUUUAAAGAAGCUUACAGAAUAAAUCGUUUUAUAUAUAGCUUGACAGAAACAGUUAACGGAUAGCGCUGUAUAACAAUCUAACGCAGUAGAAAAAUUUAAUUACAGGAAUUAAUUAUUCCAUCAAUCAUACACAUUUAAAUUGAAAUUGUUGAAGCAUAUUUCGUUGAAGGGAUCACCCUGGUUGCAUGAAUCUACACCAGGAGUGCAAUGGUAUAUGCCACUGCAAGACUCCAUCUUUGCUAGAUAUCUUGUCUUCCAUAAAAAACAUUUAACAGUAGCGCUAAAAUCAUUUAGCAGGAAGCCUUUUUUUAUAUUGAAUGUAUUAUAUUUCUUAUGCUGUAGAAUGCACCGGCAACACCUAUGGAGAAAAUUGUGAAUUAACAUGUAACAAGAACUGUAACAGCACUCUGCUUACAACGAGAACCUGUAACAACACCGUUGGUUAUUGUCUGUAUGGGUGUCGGGAAGGAUUUGAUGGAGACCGCUGUAAUAACAACAGUACGUUUUCAUUUCCAUAUAAUGCUUUUGAAAUAAAAUUUAGCUUUAGAAUAUUUGAAUCAUGAAUCAUCCUCUAACUCUGCUCUCACAAUCUCAUUUUAGGUAGUGGCUCCGAUAUAGAGUUUAAAUCCUCUGCUGGGACUCUUGGUUACAGUUACAUUCUUUCUGAUAACAUUUCUCUCAAUAAUCAUAUUUCUCACAUCCGUCGCUUUGCGUACACCGCUAUCCGUCGGAUCAGCUCCAUCCGCCACUACCUCAGUUAGCGCAACAAAAACCACUAGUCAGUGCUCUUGUUCUCUCUCGUCUUGACCAAUGUAACUCUCUUCUGUCAGGUUCACGAAACAUUUCCUAGAAAACUGUAGAAAGUUCAAAACUCAGCUGCUAGAUUAGUUAUAAAGGCAAAGAAACGUGAUCACGUCACUCCACUAGUUACCUCACUUUUUCUCUGGUUCCUGCCCUUCCAAUAUUACUGAGCUUCUUUCUGCCUAUUUACCCCUUCGAAAGCUUCGUUCCUCCGUAGACACGUGUAUUCUUUCUGUUCUCAGAACACACACUAAAACAUAUGGAUAACGAUCUUUCUCUUUCUGUGCCCCAAAACAGUGGAAUUCACUCCUAUUAUAGAUCCGCAAUAUAACGACCAUUCCAGCCUUCAAAACUGCCCUCAAGAACCAUCUCUUCAAACUGUACUUUACCGACUCAUUUCCACCCCUCUAUAACUGAUAAACAACGCACGAUGCUGCUGUGCUAGACAGGGGUAGAUUGUACAAGGGUUGGUGAGGUCAAACUUUUCACAAAUUGUUUUUAAAUAAAUAACUUUUUGUAAUUGCUAAUUUUAUGUGAAGCGAAGUGAGUCUAGCCCUAGGUUGGGGUAGCAGUGAGUCUAGCCCUAGGUUGGGGUAGCAGUAAGUCUAGCCCUGGGCUGGAGUACUGCUCCAUAUAAAACCACUUAAAUAAUGAUAAUAAACGAAUGUCUUUAAAAGGGGAGCCACCUAUGUGAACACACCAACAAUUUUUUUGUAAUUUAUUUAUAGAAUUCAUAGUCCAGAAUGCCUUUUUUUUUUAAAUUAAUUAUCCUAAGUUGUAGUUGUUCCUUACUAAUGCCUAGAAUCAACAUAAAUAAUAUGUAAAUUCAUGUGCUUUUUUUUUACAAAUGAAUCUUAUUUUUUUCAUUUAACUUUCAAUUCUUAAUCAUUAUUUAUAGUAAAAAGUGGAAGUAGAAGUGCAACUGACAGUCCAGGAAAUGAUAACUCAACACUCAUUGGUGCUGUGGUCGGUGCUAUAUUUGGCAUCAUUGUUGUAACUCUGAUUAUCAUUGGUAUAAUAAUGUGGAGGUAAAUAGUAAUAUUGAAACUUUGAAUGACUAUGACGUGGUCUAAGAAAUGCCACGUUCAGUUUCUAAAUUCAUCUUUAACAACUGUCAUUUUUUUUUACUUAGUCACUUUUUUGUUGAUGCAAUUAUUCAACUGAGUCUCCACCCACUCGAAGCACUCCGCCUACUCUGCCCACGACAUCUCCCAGUCCCAUUCUGCCCCCUCUGUCCACUCUGCCCCCUCUGUCCACUCUGCCCCCUCUGUCCACUCAUCCUACUCUGCCCCCUCCAUCCACCCUGUACACUCUGCCCCCUCUGUCCACUCAUCCUACUCUGCCCUCUACACCCCGUCUGUACACUUCGCCCUCUCCUCCCACUCUGCUAACUUUGCCCACUGUGCCCGCUCUACCCCUUCUGCCCCCUCUUUCACCUAUGCCUACUCUGCCCACUCCACCCACUCUGCCCACUCCACCCACUCCACCCACUCUGCCCACUAUGCCAACUCAACACACUAUGAUCACUCCGCCCACUCUGUCCACACUGCCUACCUACGUUAGGGAGGAAGAUAAUCAAAUAAUAUAGUGGAUUUAUUUGUUUUAUUUCUUUUGAUUCCGACAAUACUUGUAAUAUAAAUAAAUGUUGUUUUUAAAGCUGUGAAAUAGUAUUAAUUAAUAAAAUUGACGUUCCUCUUAUACGUCAUACUGUCCACGUGUUUGAUUGUCGGCUAUUGCACCUUUACAUAUUUCAAACUGUCUGCCCGAUAUUUUCACAAACAUCUAAAAAUGCCUGACCCUAUUUAAACAGUUCCCCUAUCAAAUCAGGCUAUGAUAAAUAGGUUGAUGCAAAGUGUUAGUUACCGUGGUCCCUAAUCAUAAGAGAAAUGACAUUUUUUCAAUUACUUUUAUUUACAUAUGAGCUGAUGUCCAUAUCCUAUGUUUUCGCUGUCAAUACAAACUGACACUUUGAACACGCGUAUUUUAUUUUUCUGGCAUCCUUCCGUCACAAUGUGACGAUGGAGUGGGCUUCGGAGGACGAAAUCCACAUGGCCUGGGAUUACUCUUCAAGGACUAUAAGCUGGUUCCCAACAGCAAAUCGCCUUUCUCCACGCCGCUGGGUAACCCAAGGGAACAUCAUUGGAUGAUACAGCUUGGCACCAGUGACGUCGCAGGAGUUGUCGGAAUGUUUCACUGUACCAAUGUUAACCGCCUUUCGGGACUCCAUCUCCGGGUUCGAUUUCAGAGUUUCCUUCUCUUAGAUGAGUUGCCGUCCAAGGUUAACGAGUCUCAUCUAACCGAGGGGGCUGGUGGUGUUAUUGCUUGAAUGGGCUCUGGCUGGACCACAGUUUAGACCACUCGGCCACCCAGCACCGAGAACACGCGUAUAAGUGAUGACAUUUUGCUGAAUGUGUGAAUGUAUGUCCGUUUUUAUGUACCGUAUACUAGGUCAGUCAUGUACAUGCCAAUUUAAAUGCAUCGACGUACAUAUUAUAAAUUUUGUCAUUUUUUGAUGUAUAGGACGGAAAAUUCUUUGACCUUGAGUGUAGAAAAAAAAAGUUCAUUGUAACACAAAAAAAACAUCACUUUAUUACGAUUGAUUUGAUUACUGCAGCGUUGCGAACUGCUAUGCGAAACCCGAGUGCAUUGGUGAAUCCGGUAAGUAGCAUACUGCAGAUGCGAAAAAUCGUUGGUAAUUUUGGCUGUUUUCUUAUAUUCCAAAUAAUCGCAAGCCGCUCUCUUUGCCUACAAUAAGUGAGAUCUAGUUCAGUUCUAUACUUUGAGUGUAAAAGGACACUUUCACAUGGAUACAGACACAUUGGUAUAUAUGAAGUUGUCCGUCCGGACACCUCAAUUUCAACGUGACGGACAAUGUGAAUGGGAAACCGGCCAAAAAAAUGUGAUCGCCAUAUCAUACUAUUUUGUUUUGGAUUUUUUAUAUCUUUUGUUAAAAUGGGUUUCUUUAGUCUAAACCCUUUGAAACUUUUGCGAUGAAGAUUUGUAUGUUUUUUUUUCCCCACACUUUGCAUUAUUUUCCAUAUUAUAAUUUCAACAGACGGCGUGGAUUGGUCAAAAAGUCCCAGAGACGACAUGAGACUACUGACCAUAUUGACAUAAGUAGCAAUGGUAACUCAGAUCAGGAUGACAUCAGUCAUGGCAACAUAGUGACCAAUAAUACAACACAACUAGACAAUGAUGGUAAUGGUAUAAAAGUCAAAGGUAAGUUGCUAUGAUUGCUAUCUAAGACACUUUUAAUUAUUUGAAAUGGAUUUAGCGACUGUUUUCCCCCUUAGGGCAGCUUUAUUGCUUCUUAUGGGACACAGUUUAUGGUAUGGGACAUGACAAAUUGAGUUGCCAACCAUUGGCAAAUAUAUGGACCAUCCAUACAAAUUUAACCUAAAGUGACUUGUCCGUAAAAGUCCGUAAGAACUUGAGGAAGUCUUUCAAAGCUAAACAUGAUUUAUUAUAAGAUAUAAUUAUUUUAAACUUGUAUAAUAAUAAAAGGAGAAAUUCAUCUCUGAUGAGAAGGCCCAAAAAUAAACUAACGUUAUAAAAAAGACUCGUACCAUAAAUUGUCAUAUUACAUAGAAUAUAGUAUAAUAUAGAUACAUAAAAACAUAGAUAAACUGAUAUUAAUUAUUUUUUUAUAAACUGUGUUCGUAAAAAAUUUGGGAGAUUAAGAAUUAUUGUCUGUCAAUUUUAUUUUACUGAUUUUACAACCCUGUGGGCCUGUUGCCCACUAUACCAAUAUUUUUUUUUUAUUUCCUGACAUAACAAUGUAUGCUACACGUUGAUAAUACAUGUUCAUCCUCUCAGUCAAACCAGCUGUUCCCAAAAAGCCAACACUGACGAUCAACGAAGAAAAAUCCGAAAAGUCCGUUAAAGGCUCGGGCACUGGCUAUUAUAACACAGUCACUCUACCAAGGGGACCUUCUACCACCGUCGUCACUUUGGCCAAUCUUCGCAGUUACCUGUUGACUCAUGGGAAAGAAUACCUCUACAAGGAGUUCCAGGUAUGUUGGUAUCGGCUUUUUUUUUUCUUCAGUGUUUACACGAUGGCUUGUAAGAGAGAGCUUCCGUCUCUAAACACAGAGUGCUUCCGGUUUCAGAUAUUGAGAUCCUAUAACACAGGGGGCACAACUUAAAAUGUAAGGCGGACCGUAAUUCUUUAUGAAAAUCUUAUGCGGGCCGAAAGAAAUUAGGGGGGGGGGGGGGGGGGGGGGGCUAUUAAGGAAAUAGUAAUAAUAAUAAAGAAUAUUUUGUUAUUUCGCGGGCCGCAGAGUGAGUGCUGGCGGUUCGUAUGUUGUGCAGGCCUGUUCUAACACGUAAUUCUUACUUUUAUUUCUAACGCUUCGUUGUUUCUUGUUUUGUCGUGUCUGCUGGAGAAGGCAUCUAGCCGAAACGUCCUUUUAUUUGCCAUGUCUUUUUCCUUUAAAGCUUAAACUUAACUUGUUCCAAUAUUAGCUUGUCAUGUCACUACACUUCUUGCUUGUCUAGUGUGUUUUAAUGUGUUUCAUUUAGAUUUUUUUUUAAAACAAAUUUUGUUUUAUUUAAAUUAAAAAUUAGCACACUUCGACUGUACACUUUUCUCAACAAUGCACACCAUAUAACAGAAGAAAUAAAUGUAAUAUUUUUCCUCUUCCUGCUAAAACGCAAAAAGAUUAUUUUUUUUUCUAGAUUUGUUUCUCGCACUGCAAAGUAAAUUUCCUAGAUUUGUUUAUUUUUUUUACAAUUCAGUCCUUAUAUUGAUAAAUGUUUAAAUUUUUAGUAUUUCUAAUUUUAUCAUCUGAAAAUACCAAUCAUUUACAUUUAGAUGAAUUUUAUUUAUUUUUAUUUAUUUUUUUUUAUAGAAUUUACCCACAAACUCCGAGGCCACAAUGUCAGUGGGACUCAGUGAAGAAAAUAAAAACAAGAACCGCUACAAAAACAUAUGUGCCUGUGAGUUUACCAAGCUGUUCAGACUAAAAAACUUUAUUAAAUACUUCCUAUGUCGUCCUGGUAAAAACGCUUCCAUGUUAUAUUUAUAAAUUACCUUCCCUUAAAGUUAUUAACGAUCUAAGUUUCUCCAGUUUUCUCACGUUUUGUCAUAAUUUUCUUAGUUUGAAUAGAUACGUUCGCUGGAGUAGGCAUUUAGUUGAAACUUUUGUUUUAAUGUUUUGUUCUGUAAUUCAAAAUGCAACAUAUAUUGUUUUGAACAUUAAAAAUACAUUUAAACAAAAUGUCAUGGACCUAGAAGAGAAAACUAAUUUUGAUCACUGGCAUUUUUAACUACACUGGGAUGUCAUCCACUUUGAGCUAUGUGACGAUGACCACUGAGUAGACAGCCCUGACCAGAGCUGACUAAACACUGACCACCGUUCGUGUGUUCUUGUGUCCACGUAAUAUUCCCGCUACGCGCGUAAAUCUUAAUAUGAAAUGUUUAUCUUGCGGAUCAUGGUGAGGUCAUCAAAGUGCAGGUGAGUUGAGACCAGACUACUCUUGAUUGGUCAGCUCUCGUAUAAAGGUUGCAUUUCUUUUAAAAAUUUUUGAGUUUCGGUCAUUAGAAAGAUGCUGUACAAUGUUAUUAUCUUUCUGUUUAUUUUUUUCAAUUCAAUUUAAUUUCAAUCUAAUGCAUUUACUAUAUAUAUAAUCUCUGAAUCACUUUUGCCUAACAGUGACGUCACAAUAGCACUUCACUCAUAUUUUCACAGAUGACCAUUCCCGAGUCCAUCUUGUAGUCAACACCAGUAAAAAGCAUGGGGACUACAUUAAUGCUUCCUACCUGCAGGUAUCUUUAAAUAUAUUUAGGUGUGUAAGCCUCAACGCUAGCGUUGUGGAUAUUUUGGCUUUCAUUUAGAUCUAAUGGAAAGAUGGCAUUACUAUUUAAAUCAAAAAUUUUAUUUUUUCCUUUUCUAAACCUUAAUAAUUUUUAAAACGUUCUUUGAUUUGCAGGGAUUCAAUGAUGUGGAGAAGUUCAUCGCCUCACAAGGUAAGAACAAGACAUCGACAUUUAUUUUUAAACAAUUAUUUUCAAAUAUUGUAUUUUUCUAAGUAAGUCUCCAAGUGAAAACAUCAUACCAAAUAGAUACAUUUUCUAAAAUCUGGAGAAAAAAAAGUCCAGAAACUCUUCCAAAUACCUUCCAUUUCUUCUUAGGGGUCAUCCAUUAAUUACGUCAGCAAUUUUUAAGCAAUUUAAGGCCCCCCCGUCCCCCCCCCUUUUGUCAACAACUGUCAAACUUUUAAUGACCACGCCCCCCCCCUAUUUAAUUAUGGCAAAAUUUUCUAACCCCCUCCCCCACCAAUAAAGGAAAUAUAAUAUAAAUUAAUUUAUAAAUACAUUUUACUUUGUGAUGAUCUAUUUUAAAACACAUUAUUGUAGGAAAAACAUUUUAUUACAUGUUUAGCUUGUUAAUCAACAAGUUAAAAAGUUUUAACACUUAAAUUUUACAAUGCAGAAUCAAUUGAAAGGUUGUUAAAGACUAAAUAUCAUUAUUUGUGGUAUAAAUAUGAUUAUUGUCAGGAAAGCUGACAAUUAUAGUAUAGUUUCUAGCUAUUGCUAUCAUCUUCCCAUGGAGUAGCCAGGUUUGCUCUACCGUAACAGUGGGACAUAAUUUAAAUUAUUUAAAUUGCAAUUUAUUGUGGCGCCCCCAGCAAAAAAAACUUAACAAGCCGACCAAGUUUCGGUUUGCCCCCCCCCCCUUUUCCCCCUGAAGAAAACCUGAAAUGACGCUCUUGAUGGGCAUAGUCUAUAGGUUCUGAUUUAUCAUUUCCAUCUUGCGACACCGAUAUACCAGACAAGUCAACAUCAUCCUCAUCUAACCAUUCAGCACUUAAAAUAGAAGCAUUGUCGGUGUGGGCAAUAAUUGCCGUAAGCUCUCUCUCUGUCUCCUGGCAGCUACUGGCAUUGGUCGAAUCCAUUUUUUUUUUUUUGUUGAGGAGCAAAUGCUAAUUUAUUAUGCUCAAGAGGGCAUUGUUGGUGCUGUUGAACAUGCUUUUUCAACAUGAAUUGUAAUGCAAAAUAGAUGUUAAAGCAGCGAUGAUAUCAUUGUUACUCACUUUACUUUCCCCUACUUCUAAAAAUAUCGUAUUCCUACUCUGUCAAUAUCAUUUAUCGUGACUGCAAAUGGCACUUCAAUCUUGUCCUUGUUCCAUACCUGCAACAGAAUCUACAGGUGAAGAGAGGCCAAUUUUUUACUCCUCCAACACUAACAAAGUGUGCUAACAUUCUGACCAGCCAUCUGCUUUGCACAGGCAGACACACAUUUAAAAAUCUUAUAGUGUUGGCAGCCUAAAAAUUAAAGGAAUAUUCACACUAAUUUUUACUUAUAAAUUUUUUAAAAUGAUGUAAUAACCAUUCAGUUUUUAAAAAUUAAAAUUUUAAUAGAGAAAACAUGGUUGUUGAUGUCAACUAAUCUAAGCCCCCUACCUCACACUUGUAAACAAUUAUCAAACAUUUCCAACCCCAACCCCUAUUUUGUUAACAUAUUUAACCUAAGCUAACCCACUUAACCUAACACUGGGCCCACUUACCCUAACACUGGGCCCACUUACCCUAUCACUGGGCCCACUUAACCUAACACUGGGCCCACUUACCCUAACACCGGGCCCACUUACCCUAUCACUGGGCCCACUUACCCUAACACUGGGCCCACUUACUUUAAUACUUGGCCCACUUACCCUAUCACUUGACCCGCUGACCCUAUCACUGGGCCCACUUACCCUACCAGACCCUACCCAUCUACCAGUGCACAACUCCUCUCAAUUGAUAACUGUUUCCUUUCCCCUGCAAAUACCAACCCUGCCCUUUGCAACCAUUCCCCUAACUUGCCAUCUUCUUCACUGACACCCGGUUAUCUAACCUCCCCCUUUUUCCACAUAUGCGUUAUCCAUGAAACAUUUGCAUAUCUUUCCCUCUUUUCACGCUCUCUCUUCCUCACGCCUGCCCACUCCCCUGCAACCUCUACGCUUUCCCUACAUACACCUACCUCAUCAACUCUGCUUGAUACAACCUUCCCCUCCAACCACAUUACACAACCCAACAUUCACUUACCUCUUUCCUGCAGCCUCCUCACUGUCUCUAAAACCACUCUCCCCCUUCCUUCUACACCAUAUCUCCCAUUUUUACCUAAUUCUUGGUAAUUGCUAGUCUCCAAACCUAUAUCAUCGUCUUAGUCCAGGUCAUGAGGCACCCAGGUCAUCAACCAUUGUAUUCAUAAUCAUUGGCUCUCUCCUUUGUAGCUUAAGCUAAUCAUUCGCCGACAAUAAAUUUGUGAUAGAAUCUGUUCCUCUCUCCAAGCUGAGCUUUCAGUCAGAUUAUCAACUGUCAUCGUUGUAAAGAGCUCCCCGUUUAAAGUUAUCAUUGACCGAUUCGGAAUCGAUUUGAAACAUUUUGGAAUCUCAUAAUUUCGGAGACUCUUCCCUGUUGAUUCUCGGUGCCGGAGGUGGACAUUGGUCCCCGAAUUCAACAAAACAAUGCACCAAGAUGUGUUCCAUUCACGCUCACUGGUCAGGUGAAAAAGAUUUGAUCAAUGCAAUACCCACUGUUCCUAAGGCCAGCCUGUUACUAUUUGGAACUGCGCUCCACUGGUGAUUGCUUUAAAAUAAGGGUCAAGCGAAUAGGCCUAUAAUGUUCAAAAAUUAAAUAAACGGAAAUUUAAACUCACUUACAUAUUAAUUCUCUGACAGGGCCAACAAAACUUAUUUUAGAUGACUUUGUGCGGAUGUUGUGGGAACAAAAAGUUGACAAAGUUGUCAUGUUGACAAACUUAUAUGAGCAUGGAAAAGUGAGUAUGUUUUUAUAUGAUAAAUAUUUACUGUUGAAGCAUUGUUUGUUACUUCUUUCUUUAGGCUAAAAUGUGGACUUUAAGUUGAUUUGUUUUAUGCCAAGAUUUAGAUUUCAUUACAGAGUUCUUGUUGUUUGUUUGUUUUGUUUGUUUGUUGUUGUUGUUGUUUUGUUGUUGUUUUUUUUGGGGGGGGGUGUUUUUUUUAAAAUAAUCUUUUGCCCCUUUUUCAUAUUUGUAUAAAUUUUUUUUACAUUCACGUGAAAUUUUCUUAAGUUCAUCUAAUUAACUUUAAAUAUUGCCAAGACUUUUUAAAUGAGUCAAGAAUGUUUAAUUAUGCUAAAGAAUAAAGCAAACCUUUAAUUUAUUCUGUUAAUGUAAUACAUUUUUUCUCUAUCUAACUAUCUAUCUAUGUAUAUAUCUAUCAUCUAUCUAUAUAUCAUCUAUCUAUCUAUAUAUCUAUCAUCUAUCUAUCAGAUAUCUAUCUAUCUAUCUAUCAAUCCAAUCUAUCCAAUCUAUCUAUCCUAUAUAUCCUAUAUAUAUAUCUAUCCUAUAUAAGUCUCCAUCUCUCUAUAUCACUCUCUUUUUCUCUCUCUCUCUCUCUCUCUCUCUCUCUAUCUCUCUCUCUCUCUCUCUCUUUAACUAAAAUAAGGAAGUGUAUUAUUUUGCAAGCCAAAAGUUUUAACUACUAAGAAUCCCACUGACUUUGUCAAUUUGCCACCCUGUCGUCCUAGUCCAAGUGUGAUCCAUACUGGCCAGAUGAAGACGAGGUUGUAUUUGGAGAGAUAACAGUGAAGCUUGCGGCUACUCAGGUGUUUGCUGACUACAUUAUAAGACGUCUCCAGCUGUCAAAGGUGAUGAAACCUACCUUUUUGAGUAGAAUUUCAAUUGUUUUAAAACGCGACGUGUCCUCUUUCAUGUGAAUUGAGUUCAUAAUUUUAAGCUUGACGUCAGGUGAAUGUCCCUAAAUAUCCUUACUGUAACACUAUCUUUUUGUAACGAUCCUUCCCAGCAUGUUUUUAUUGGUACGCGUAGCCGUCACGGCCUGCAGGUACAUUUUGAGAUCAAGGACUCCAAAGUUGUGAUGUGGACAAUAAUUAUUUAAAUAUCAAAUAUUGGAAAACCGAAAAGUGGCAGGGCGGCACAAACCGAAAAUAGCAGGGGUGGGGCAAAUACCGAAACGGGGCAAGGGGUUCCCAAAUGUCAGACAAAGGCUCUGUUGGCACACCUUUGAUUCAAUUUUGACUCACAUAUGACGUAAAAAAAUAAUUGAAUGAGGAUGGUAGGCUACAAUAAAACUUUAACAAAGGUAUAGAUGAAUUGGUGUCUACGCAAGAGAAAUACAAAAUGAUAAAACUGGUUUCUACUUAAGACGAUAGAAAGAUUGAAUUCCUAUUCAUUGAUACAGUAACAUUUGCGUUAAUUUAACUUGGAAGUUAAUAAGUGAAAUUGGUUGAACAUGUCAGUAACACAAAACUAUGAGUCAAAUAAUAUUUUCCACUCUGAAAAUUGUCUUGAGAAUGAAAAUGACCCAGCAAAUGCUGCCACCCUAUUUCCUAUAUGCUCAAUAUUAAAAUUUGCUUCCAUUCCAUCUUUGAGCAUUUCCUGACUUUUGUCUUCUUUAAUAGAUAAGUUAAUGAACAAACCAUGAUAACAGCUUAAAGAAAAAUUAUUAUACUUUUGAAUCCUCAUUAAGGAUGGACAUUCAAUGCACCCAGUGACCCAGUUUCACUUCACAUCCUGGCCAGACAAGGGUGUACCAGAAAACCCCUGGGCUCUAGUGGACUUUGAACAAAGAGUGGCGGCUUCUCCUACAAAGCGGCCUAUAGUUGUGCACUGCAGGUUAGUUAUACAAAAAGUAUCUAGAAAGUAUCUCUGGGUGCUGGGUGGCGGAGUGGUCUAAACUGGGAAAGUUUGUUUAACUAUAUAAGUACAGUGCGUUCAAAAAGAAGUUUGACGAAAAUUUUAACGUGUGAACUGAAAAAACGAUUCGACAAAAUUUCCGUUCGAUCAAAUUUCCAUCGAUCAAUUUUCCGUCAACGAAAUUUAUUUCAAACAAAUUUCCGGUAGCCGGUGGGGGGAAGGGAGUGGGGAACGAUAGUGGAGAAGACAGUAUGAAAAACGGGUUUGAAAAAAUGAGUUGUGAGAAAGAAAAUGAAUGUUGUGAAUGGUAAUAGAAGAAACAUGGAAUAGUAAGAUAAAAUUGGAAUAAACAAUAAAAGCUGAAGUUUAAUGAACAGCUUCAUUUAAUGUCAUCAAAGCAAAUGGCUUGAAUUAAAACAUGGUUUAAAAUAGAAAUUAAACAUCGGUGAAGGGAUCUUGAAAUAUUUGUUAUCCUUAGCUCGCUGGUUAUCAACAGCAACUCACAACUAUCAAUAGCAAGGAUUUGAAUAGGUCCACAAUGCUCAUGUGGCCCCCAGGUAGUUAAGACGAGCAUAUCUAUAACAUUGUAUAUCUAUUUCAGUGCUGGCGUUGGCCGUACAGGAACAUUCAUAGCACUACGUAAUGUUAUGAGAGAAGCUGAAGUUACACAAAAGAUGGAUUUUUUCAAUACUGUGGCCAAACUGAGAAGAGACAGAUAUCUAAUGGUUCAGACUCAAGUAAGUUAAUAUUAUUUUAAUUUUUUUAGAGACGCCCAUCUUGACCAAAUGAAACUUUAGUAAAUUAGAAAUGGUAUUUAUAUCGCUCCAGAGACAGGAAAGAGUUUAAAGGAAAAAAGGAAAUCUGUCUGGGCACGUUUAAGCUAAACAGAAUGUCACUGGGCUUGUUUGGACUGGUUUCCCACUUCAUAAGUAAUAAAAAUAAUAUAUAUAUAUAUAUAAAGAUAUAGAGAAAGAGAGAGAGAGAGAGAGAUAUACAUAUAUAAAUAUAGAUCAAUACAUAUAUAUGUGUAUAUGUGUAUUUUCCUUUCAGUAAAUUAUUUGUUGCUUGCAAUUACACGUUUACAAAUGUAAUGUAGCUGACAUAACACCAAUUUAAUCAAACUAUUGAUAAUGAAACACAGAUGUAUUUUCCUACCAAGAACAGUUCAAUAUUUUACAUCAAACUAAUUCGGUCUGCCUUGUGGUUACAUGAUUUGGGACGAUAUAGAUAUUGUUAAGUGGCGUGAAUAACAAUGCCAUUCUAUUUUUUGGUUCCAGAAAUCUAUUAAAUUUAUUAGGAUACGUUUUAAAUGUUCGAUUAAAAUAGUUUUAAAUUAACAUAUAUUAUUUUUAAGAGUUAAUAUAGUAAUUUGAUACCUAUAUUGGGCAACAAACGAACUCAGUUGUUACAAUCAUAUCAGUAACUAAAAAUACGUAAGGCGCCAUUAAACUCAGGGUAUCAUAUUUUGUUUAGUCAAAUCACUAACUAAAAAGGCGUGGAGUGCCCAUAAACAUAAUGUAUAAUAGUUGUUACAGUUAUAAACUAACUAAAAUUGCGUCGGGGCCAUGUCAUCCAUCAUAUGUCAUCCAUCAUAUUUCUUUUUGUUACCUUUGAAAUACUGUUGAAGGGCUAAACAUUUGGCAGAGUUGUUGUCAUCAGCAACAAGUCUGUUAGAGAUUUAAAGCUCGAUAUGUUGAAGGGCUAAACAUUUGGCAGAAUUGUUGUCAUCAGCAACAAGUCUGUUAGAGAUUUAAAGCUCGAUAUGUUGAAGGGCUAAACAUUUGGCAGAGUUGUUGUCAUCAGCAACAAGUCUGUUAGAGAUUUAAAGCUCGAUAUGUUGAAGGGCUAAACAUUUGGCAGAGUUGUUGUCAUCAGCAACAAGUCUGUUAGAGAUUUAAAGCUCGAUAUGUUGAAGGGCUAAACAUUUGGCAGAAUUGUUGUCAUCAGCAACAAGUCUGUUAGAGAUUUAAAGCUCGAUAUGUUGAAGGGCUAAACAUUUGGCAGAGUUGUUGUCAUCAGCAACAAGUCUGUUAGAGAUUUAAACAUUGUUUGUUUGGUUUUUAUUUCAAAUGCCCUGCAUGCAUUGUUCAGUAGGUUUUCUUAUUGAAUAGACCACUUAAAAAUGUAUUUGCUUUGUUUUUAAUUUGUAAUGAAAAAAAAAUAUUUUUGCAUUUUUUAAAUAUAAUUGCUAAUUGACAUUUUAAUACACUUUAUUCUAUAAAUAUAAAUGCUUUUUUACUGUAUAAAAGUUACUAAUGUUUAUUUAUUUAUUUUUAUACAUCAAGCUACGAAGCUUGAUAUGAUCAUUUUUAUACAUUAUGUUUUGGGAUACAAGGGCGAUAAUUUGAAUUUUUCAAAUUAAAGGGCUUCAAGAUAAAACAUUUUUUAAACAUAAAUUUUAUGAUGUAUAAAGUUAUGCUUUUUUAUAUCACCAGGAGCAAUAUGUGUUCUUGCAUGAAGCCGCCAAAGUGGCAAUGGUCUGCUUAAAUACAACUAUCACAUCUGACAACAUUGUUGAGAGAUUUCAACAACUUGAGAAAAAAAAUAUUUCUGGAAAAUCUAAAUUAGAGCAAGAGUUUGAAGUAAGUUUUCAAUGGAUUUAAGUUUUUCACAUAAUUUAAUUGGUCUUUGUUCAAGCCAAUAAAUAUUUCAUAAGUUUUUAGAAAACCAUUUCUUUAAAAAAACUGAAUCAUGUAUGAUUAUCUAGCACAGGUGUCAAUUAGAUAAGAUACAAUAAGGUAAGAAAUAAAAGUUUGCUUAAUUAAUUCUAACAAUAGGAAAAGUGUUGUAUUUACAUCGGGGCUUUCAAUUUCAAAAAAUUUUUAUUAAAUUCAGAUACAAAGAUUUGUUUAGAUAAAAAAAAAUUUAAAAUAUUACAAUUUUAACAUAAUUUUAAAAAAUUCAAGUAAGCCAUACAAUGUAGUCAAACUGGAUGAAGUGUGAUUAGCCAGAAAUCUAUAACGAGCGGAAUUUAAAAAUUUACUGUGGAAGAAAAAAAAUUAUUCAUAUAAAUUAGGUUGCUCCAAUUAGGUUGCUCCAAGGCCCGAACACUGGAAAAUGUAUGAAAAAGUUGAUUUUUAAGAAGGAGGUUCAGAAAAGCAGUGGCUUUGUGAAUUUAAGAAAAUGUAUGAUUUUAAUUCCACUUUGCAAAACCAAUAUUUUCAUAUAAUUAAACUUCCAUACUUCUGGUUAAGAUAUCUGGCAUUAUAAUUUAGGUACACCAAAUAUUCUUCUUCUAUAAUUCAAUGUCUGUGGGGAAAAGCAAAUUAUCCUAGGGACCUCUCAGUUAUGUCACUGGUAAUUUAUAUUUUAUUACAAUUACAUGCUAUUGUAACUCCCCAUAGCAUUGUUGUAGAGAGUAUGUUUCAAUAUUUUUAGAUUGUUUGUGAUGUGUGUGUUGAUGAUGGUGAAACAAUAGAUGAGGAAGGAUCAGCUGGAGUUAUGUACCAAAACAGCAGAACUGUCUCCAAUAAACUUAAAAACCGAUUUGGUAACAUCCUGCCAAGUAAGUUUGUAGUUAGAAUUGAUUUUAUUUAAUUUUUUUAACUAUUAUUUUGAAAAGAUUUUUCUUAAUUUUAUCAGUGACUGUAGAGUAAAACAAAACAUAUUAUAGUAAAAUUUUUACAAAUUGUAGCAAAUGGAUUUAAAAGAAAUUUUUUACUCCAAAAAUAUUACAAAUUUUACUUUAUAUAUUAUCUUAUCUUUUAUGAACAGAGGACUGUUACAGACCUUUACUAAUGCGUGAAUCUAGUGAUAUGGAGGACUACAUCAAUGCUGUAUUAACACCGGUAUUUUUAUUUUAUUUUUUUUUAUAUUUAAAUUAUUGAUGUAUCAGAUGCAAAAUACAUUUUCUUAAAGAUAAAUAAUUUUUGCUUAUUUCAUAACAGAUAAUGCCAUGAACCUCUUUAUUGGUUAAAACCUUUAAUAAAAAAAACUAUUGAAAUGUUCUCACUCCUUAAAUAAUCAUAGUCUUAUUUGUUACAACUUAAAAUUAUUUUAUGACUAACUUUUUUUGUCUAGUCAUAUAGUGAAAAUUCCAUUAUUCUUACCACAUCACACAAUAGAUAUUUUAUUUUGAGGGUAUACACUUUGUGUUUCUUGCAGAGUUUUACCAAAAGGAAUCAAGAUGUCAUCACACAACUUCCACUUCCAACAACAGUGCUGGACUUUUGGCGUCUGAUCACUCAACUUAAAAUUUCUUUAGUUGUUGCUUUUGAGGAGCAAUUGAUGACAACAGAUUCAGUAAUUAACUUAAUUUUCCUUUUACAAAUUUUACCUUUAAAAUGAGAAAACCAACAUUUCCUUUUCUUUUGAAGCAUCAGCUAACUGCAAUUUAAGAAAGAAUUUAAAAUUGAAUAACAAUAAAAUUAUUCAUGUCCUCCCACUUUAAAACAACACCAAUCUUUUUGGCGAAAUUUGUCAAUGAGUAUUUUACUUUCAUUUUUUCUUUUAAUAGUUUAAUUAAGUUUGAAGACACAAAUAAGCUAACUGCCAUAUACAAAUGUACAAUGAUAUUACUCGUGUUUAAAAUCUUUCAGUUUAAGAAUUAUAAAAUCCUUUAUGCAAAAAAUGAAAUAAAUUAGAAAUAAGGAAAACACAGUAUAUAACCAAAUAAAUUUUAAUGUUUAAGGGAUUUCUGAAAUAUUCACAAUAUUUUUUGUUUACGUCCAGACAAUAGGGUACUACCUUCCCACUGAUGAAAACCAACCUGCCAGUUGUCCCCCCUUUCAAAUUAAAAUGUGCUCUUGUGUGCAAGGAUCAGAAUGGGAGGAGAGAAAACUGAUCAUAUCUGGACCUAAAGUAGGCGGCUGCAUGUCUCCUCUCAUUACUCUUACUUUUUUUAUGUGUCAACAUAAUAAAAUGUGAAUGUAAACAUACAUGCAUAAUAAAUUUAUCAGACUAGGAGAUGUUUUUUUUUCAAGCAAUUUCAUAUUUGUUAAACCUACAUUAAUUUGUAAUGUUUAGAAACUAUUUAUUUCUUAUACUUGGAUUUUUUUUCUAUUCACUAACGACUGGGUAUCCGACAUUUUUUAACUCAAUAAUUAGGGUGCUGAGGAGCAUAGCCUUGUACAUCUUAGGUACACCCAAACUGGCACAGAUCCAAUGAAGUUGUUGACAUUCAUCAAACAUGCAAGAACAUACAAUCCAAAACAUAAUGAAAGAACAUUGUACAUGUGCAGGUAAAUGGAGUUUAUCUUUAAUAUAAAUAAACCUAUACAAAUAUUCCAAAGAUAGGUCCAUUCUAGAAACGAUUUUAAAUUGCUUUUGUUUAAGAUUAAUCCUUCCAUUGAUAUUCAUGAAAUUUGUUCUUUGGCUCUAAUAGUAAUUAAUACUAAAUAUUUCACAAGAUUUUGAAGAACUUGGCAUAUUUUUUUUAGGAAGUCUUUAUUAAAUUCAAUAACUGCUACCAUUAUGUAUUUAUUGUUCAACACACAGGAAUAAUUCAAAUAUUUCAAUUCUCCAUUUUGUUUACAUGUUAUUUACACUGUCAUCAACAUAGCUCUCUCAAUACCAGUUAAAUUAUAAGGCCAAUUAAAAAUUAUAAUAUUUCCAGAAACGGUGCUACAUACAGUGGUCUGGCCUGUGUCUUGACUCUCUUGCUGGACAGAAUGGACAAUGACCUGCGCCUGACUGUACCUCUUGUUGUUGGUGCCAUUAAAGCGAUUCGGUCACAGGUUAUCCCAGCAGUGGUAAUAAAAUUAUUUUAUAUAAUCAAUGACAAGUCACUUAUUCAAUUAUGUCAAUUCCCUGUUCUCAAUGAAAAUUGACUGAAUAGACACAUUUUUUAAGAAAGUUGAAAAUUGUGUAUUGAUUCACUCUGUUCAUGUACGGUAUGGUAAAUUUUCAUGAGUCUGGCAACACCAUCUUAGAUAUGCUAUGAUGGAUCAAAAUGGAAAAAUUACAUCUUAAUCAUCACACAUUUUUUGUGCAAGGAAAUAUUAGUUAAUGCAAAUAAGUUUUUUUUAUAUUUUUGGUUAAUGCCUCAAAUCAAUUUUAGACAUUAAAAGGAGUGUAGGCCUAUAGUCAUAAAGAAAUUGAAAGUGAUAAAACUUGCUCUACUUAAAGUACCAGUAUUUAACAAUAUUUUUCAAAUGUUUUAGAUAUAGACAUUAAAAACUAAAACUUUUUUUAACCAGUGUGAUAUGCCAGGUUAAUACUCCCAUCCAUCCACAGAAUCAGUACAAGAUACUCUACCAGAUUCUCAAACUGUACAAUGAAACCAACAGCAUAUAUUCCAACUUCAAUGAUACCAAAUCCUCUGUGGCUCCAGAGACCUCUGGACAAGACAAUAUGGGAUUUGUUGGGAAUGAGGGCACAGAGUACGCUAAUGCUAAGCUUUAAGGAUUAUUAUUUGUCUUCUAACAAACGUCUUUGUGAUCAUAAUCAGAAAAGAGCAGUUUAAAUUGAAAUCGGACAAUUUUAAAAAAAAAUUUUUUUGGUAUUUUCAAAUGGCAUCUUACACAUAAUUUUAUUUAGAGUAAUUAAUAUACAAGUCCUAUUCUGCAACAAAUGGCCUGUUAGGACUUCUAGGUCUCAUGUGUUGGACAAAAGACUAAAAGCUUUACAGGCUAAACAAAUCUUUGCAGUCUGUUUGGAACAUAAUUUUGUAACUCAUCAGAGCCAGCCAAAUCCAAAAGACAAAUUAUAAAUUUCGGAUUAAUCUUUUUUCUUGCUAUAUACAAUUUUCCUCUUUCUUUUUUUGAUUCUAUGUUUACACAAAAACAUGACAUUCCCUUUUUAUCAAAUGCUUGCAAUGUUAUUUUUUAAGAAAAUACUUAACCACUGAAAUUUAUCCUUUCAUUCAGACAUUGACACUUUGGAAAUAUAUUUUAACCUAAAAAUAUUAUUGUUGUCUCAAGCAAACUUUUCAAAUCUGUUUGGGUCCAUAAACCAUAUCAGAAUCAAUUCACAUCCUACCAUUGGUAGUACCAUAUGUCAUUGAAACAAUUUACCAAUAAUUUAUACUGAUGAACGUUCUGAGUUUUGGUUCUUUCAUGUUUGUAUAUAGCAAACAAAAUUGUGUACAUGGUUCCGCCUUUUAUUUAAAAGCAUACCUUUUCCAAGUUCAUAGUCAGUAUGGUUAUAGUCUAUAAAAAUCUCCGUAAUUAAAAGCUUUCAAGUCUAUUUUAUAGUUUAGUUGUUAAAUGUAUUUAAAUAGUUAUUUUUAACAUUAUGUGAAUAAAUACCAAUUCCAGAAAUAUUUCAAGAACAGACUUUGUGGAAGUGAGAUUAUGUUUAGCAACUUUCUGUAAUGCCUAUACAUCUGCCAAUCCUUUGGUGUAAAUCUGAAGGAUAAUGACCGCAUUUGAUUAUUUUUUUUAUAAUCCAAGGACAAUGUUAAUGUCUCAUAUGACAUUUCAGGUUGCAAACAGUUUUAGUUCUUUCAUUUCAAUCUAUAUAAAUUAUAAUUUAUUUUCUUGCAUUAUCAUGGUUACUUUUAAAUUUAUAUUCAAUAUUUUUAGAAAGUUGACAUGUUCAAAACUAAAACAAUUGUUAAGUUUUCUAAACAUUUUACUUCUGUCACUUUUAUGAAGGUAACAAACAGGGUGUUUUAAUUUUUACUGUUAACAAUAUGUUGUUGGGGUUUUUUUUAUUUUUUUAUUGUAAAGAAUUUCAUCUAUAGAACUUUGUCAACACAUUAAGCGUUUAUUGUUUUGUAAUGCUUAUAAGAUUAGACAAAUCUUGGGACUGGUAAAUAACAGAUUUCUUUUUAUGAUUAUUUAUUCCCUGAUAUUGUAAAUAAUUAUAUUUAUUUCAGAUAUCCUUUUACUUGCUGUGAUAGCAACUUUUCAAUGAUUUAUUUAACUCCUAGUCUAAGCCAAAAUAAUGAAUUUAAUGUAAAGCAGAGGUCCCUCAAUCUCACGGUUUGCAUGUGACCCACGCAUUUAAAAAUAUACUGAGAUAAUAAUGACUCUGGUAUGCAGCACUUUAUCCAUUUGGGUUUUGAAAGUGAAAAAAAGAUAAGGAACCUCUGCUGCACACUGUUCAACAAGACAACACACCUAACAAAUAUGAUUAACUAAUGAUUAAAACUUAAUAUACACUGCUAUGGGUAAUUUAAACUUGAUUUUUAUAACUAUGUUUUUUUGUAUCAAAAUCAGUCAUUUGAUCACAUUUUCUGGUAAUAAAGUUAGUUAAUUGUAUAAUAUGG